UCAGUUUGUGGAUGUAUUCAUCCAAGAGCAGACCAAUUUUAAAACAAAAUUAACAUUUAAUGUUUCUGUUCUUUACAUUCAAUUUCCAGAUGGUUAAACACUGUAACUGUGAAGUGCGUAAAUUUCCAUAUAAUGGAUUUCCUCCCCACUUAAGAAACCUAACAACAUACGCCUGGAAACCGAUUAUUAUUCAGAUGGCUUUGCAGGAACACCAUUUUGUGGCUUAUAUGGAUGCAUCAAUACGCCUAAAAAUAUCUGAUUUGACAGAUUUGUUUCAGAACACCAAAGAUCGUGGAUUCAUGUAUCUUUAUGGUGAUUUUUUUAAUUUGGAGGUCAUGCAGCACACAGACCAACGAAUGCUUCAGUUCUUUAGACUGGAUGGUUGCAAAUUUCUGACUGUGACUGAGAAGCAAGCGACAAUGGUUCUUAUUGCUGAUAAAUGGUUGAGUCAUUUUAUUUUAAUGAAAUGGUGGGUGGUGUGUGCUUUAACUUUAGACUGUAUAGCCCCUCCGGGUACGGAAAAGCUGUUAUUCUGUGAUCCAAGAAUUAAUAAGAUUGGUAAAUGUCAUCGUUUUGAUCAGUCGGCAUUGAAUCUCAUUAUUUAUUCCAUAUUCAACAAUCCAGAGAAUCACGUAAUUUCCAGACAAUUCAUUAACACUAAAAGAGGUCAGAUGGUGAAUUACUUUGAAAAAUAA